AUGGGACACAAACAGCUCUACUGGAGCCACCUGAGAAAAUUCGGCCAGGGUUCUCGCUCUUGCCAUGUCUGCUCAAACCGGCACGGUCUGAUCUGGAAGUACGGCCUCAAUAUGUGCCGCCAGUGCUUCCGUCAGUACACGAAGGACAUCGGGUUCAUUAAGUUGGACUAAGUAAUCUUUCUUAAAUGGAUUAUCCAGGGGGACACAAUGAAAGAAACCAUGCUAA